AUGAUCGACCACGUUCUCGGUAAACCUUCCGUGAAGUCGCGCAGGCUUCAAGUACUUGCUGUGCUGACUUUUUGGUCCCUAUAUCUUUUUAAAGGCAAUCGACAUGGCCCGCCCGUUGCUCGAUACUUGUCUAAGACCUCCUCGAAAGUAUUGACAGUAUGGCAGACUGUCGUGCUAACCAUGAUGUAUCUAUACGCGGCUCGGAACUUUAGCACCCUCGUCGGACUUGCUAGCCCUGAACCAAUGGCGAACAUGUAUGAUGCUAAGUAUUUCCGCGCAACGUGGGUAUUGACUGCGCUCGAUGCGGGUUUUUGGACAGCCAUGAAAAUUAAGAAGAAAUGGAUACGAGAUAUAGCUAGCUUGGCAUUCUCACUCUUUUAUCUCGUGGCGGCAGAACGCGCGGAUGAGAAGGUCAGGAAAGUUCGAGGUGCGUUAACUGUCGAUCACCUACGGGUAAGCUGGAAUAAGGGCACCACACCAUAUCUACGAGCCGUUCAAAACUUGAUGCGCCCCCGGUUCACACGGUGGCCACCGCGAGCGAUUCGCAUCCCUCGGCCUAGUUCUAGCGAUUACAAAGAACCGGUCUCCGGGUGGUUGUACUACGACGGGCCUAUAUCAGACUUGGAGCACAUCAAUAAGAUGAUCUUAGACAUCCCCGGAGGAGGUUUUGUGGCUAUGGACCCGCGAUGCAACGAUGACAAGCUCUUCGCAUGGGCCGGAAAAACCGGCCUUCCAAUACUCAGUCUAGAGUAUAAGAAAGCACCAGAGUUCCCGUAUCCAUACGCUCUAAACGAAUGUUUCGAUGUGUACACGACCAUUGCCAGAAGCAAGGGGCGAUGCAUAGGGAUGUCAGGCAUGGAGGUUCCGAAAGUAGUGGUAACGGGUGAUAGCGCUGGUGGAAACCUCGCGACAGCCAUGACUUUGAUGAUAAUCGAGAGCAAUACAAACCGACGUCAAUAUCCCAUUCAGGCUGAGCUUCCUCUUCCCGCCGGACUUAUACUUCUAUAUCCUGGUCUGGACAUGAACAUCGGGAACUGGAUGUCUGACGAGCAGAUGUCUUUGAUUAAGGAUCGGCGGGUGCGAGCGACGAACAAGGACUACCUGCGCCGGAAGAGUAUGCAAUAUAACGACCUAGUUGGCACUCCUCACCAGUCCGAUGACGAAGAUGAAGAGCCUUCCGGUCCGAUUCCUAGUGAAAAUCCAUCUACGUUGGAUAUCGGCACUGGCGAUAGCGAACUUCGCAGCCCUCAGCCCGAAUACUCCCACGCCAAUCGCCAGACCUGGGCGAAAUCCGAACAGUCGACCCUGAUCUCAAACCGGAACGCCAAGUCAACGUCGCAUAGGCCCGAGCCAAUGAAGACGCGCUUGGCUAUGGCGUCUAUGAUCUCCUACUUCAACGACCGCGUUCUCACCCCCGAGAUGAUGCGCGCGAUGAUCAUCUUGUAUAUCGGGCCUCACAACCGGCCCGACUUUUCCCAGGAUUACCUCCUAUCUCCUAUAUUGGCCCCCGAUCUCUUGUUGCAGAAAUUCCCGAAAACCUACUUCCUCACCGGCGAGCGCGAUCCUUUAGUUGAUGACACAGUCAUCUUUGCUGGGCGCUUACGCCGCGCCAAGCAAGCUUUCCAUUCGCAGCGCAGCUCUCAGGGAACGCGAAGUCUAGAUGAUAUUACGGACUUUGAUGAAAAGGACGUCGCUGAGAUCGUCUUGAUCCCCGGUAUUAGCCACGGCUUCACGCAAUUUCCGAAUUUGUACCCACCUGCAUGGAAGCUGAUCGAUCGCUGCGCGCGAUGGGCAGUGGACGUUCUUGAUACAGCAGAGACACGCAUGAAACAUGAACAACAGAGCUUGUCACAGCGUCAUCACUCGCGUGUAGAGUCCAGCGGCGAUGAGGACCGACCACUGGAGAUAAAUAUGACAAAAAUGCGGUCGCGUGCUAUCAGCGAUGGUGCCAAGGUGAAGCCAAACAGCUCUGAACCGGUAGGAGAUGAUAUCAACGUUGAAAAGCCGAACGGAAACACAAAGAAGAGGAGAUCUAGUGGGCGGUCCGGAUUUGGGCAGAAAUCUAAGAGCAUCAUUAAACUAGAUAGUUCAGAAGAUUUACUCGGAAGACGUAUGCAGGGCCUCGCCAGUUCUCUGACCGGAGGACAUGAUGAAGAUUAA